AUGACUGUCAAAGCUGUAAAAAUGCCGUGCACCGCUCCAAAUGUGUAUACUAAAGUGCCUGACGGAGGAUGGGGCUGGACAAUUGCUUUAGCUUUCUUCUUUGUGGAAGCUCUAACGUACGGCAUUAUAAAAUCAUUUGGCGUCUUCUUUAAUGACCUGAUGGAAAGCUUUGAUGAAACCAACAGCAGGAUAUCCUGGAUAAUAUCCAUAUGUGUGUUUGUACAGACCUUCACAGCUCCUCUGUCGACGGUCCUCAGCAAUCGCUUUGGUCACCGCUUUGUGGUGAUGGCCGGAGGAGUGCUGAUCAGCACCGGCAUGGUCACCGCCUCCUUCGCCCGCACUGUUGUGGACAUGUAUGUCACCAUCGGCGUCAUCUCUGGCCUUGGAUACUGCCUCUCUUUCCUCCCGACUGUCACCAUUUUAUCACAGUAUUUUGACAAAAGACGUUCGCUGGUCACAGCAGUGGCAUCUACAGGGGAAUGUUUUGCUGUUUUCUCCUUUGCACCAGCAAUUACUGCCUUGAAGGAGCAGAUUGGCUGGAGAUACAGUCUCCUUUCUGUUGGGGUGCUACAGCUAAGCAUCGUCAUCUGCGGAUCACUGCUGCGACCCAUUAUCAUCAAAGAGGAAGAAGAAGUGAAAGCGCAGCCACCAGAAGAGCCCACAGAGACAAAGUACAUGCUUGAAAACGAGCAAACACGCACCUCAAUAGAGUCCAUAGACUCAGGAGUCGAAAUAACUACCUCACCCAGCAAUGUGCCUGGAAACACCAAAGCAGAGCCGAAAAGUGAAGAACCAAAGGAACACGUUCAGACACUUGUUGAAAAUAAUAGCACCCCUCCAGAACCAAAAACCAAACUACUGGACUUUUCUGUGAUGAGAGACUAUAGCUUUAUCUGUUAUGCAUUCUUUGGCCUGUUCGCUACCCUGGGCUUCUUCGCUCCCUCCCUCUACAUCAUUCCCCUGAGUCUCAGCCUUGGCAUCAGCAAAGACCACUCUGCGUACAUACUGUCGGCCAUGGCGAUCGCAGAGGUCUUUGGAAGGAUUUCAGCUGGCUGGGUUCUCAACAAAAAGCCUAUCCGCAAGAUCUACAUCGAACUCAUCUGCGUCGUUCUGCUGUCUGUAGCGUUGUUUGCCUUCCCUUUUGCCUCUGAAUUCUGGGGCUUGAUGACAUGUAGCGUAUUUUUUGGGUUCAUGCUCGGAACGGUAGCGGGCACACAUAUUCCCCUCUUGGCAGAAGACGACGUGGUUGGCAUUGCAAAGAUGUCUUCUGCGGCUGGAGUCUAUGUCUUCAUUCAAAGCUUAGCUGGGUUGGCUGGACCACCCCUUGCAGGUGUCUUAGUGGAUACGACACAGAACUACAGCUCAGCCUUUUACUCCUGUGCUGCUGGCAUGGUCCUGGGUGCUGUGUUUCUGUCCCUGGUGAGACCGUGCAAGGCUGGGCUGUGCCAUCACCAGCAGCAGCGCACAGAGGAGGGCGCGGCGGAGGUCGUACUAGAUUUACCGGAUGACUAUAUUGAAAUGGAUAUUGGAAAAGCAGAAAAUUCAGGAUAAGGCUGUGACGGCGUGGCA